GCAGGGAGGUUUUAUUUCCGUGCCGAGGACGCUUGAAUACAGGUGGGGUUUCCGGGGUGCGGGCAGUCUGCCGGCCCGCGGGGAUGGAUGAGGACGGGCUGCCCAUCGUGGGCUCCGGCAUCGACCUCACUAAGGUUCCUGCUAUUCAGCAGAAAAGAACUGUAGCGUUUCUAAACCAGUUUGUGGUUCACACAGUGCAGUUUCUGAACCGCUUUUCUACUGUUUGUGAAGAGAAAUUGUCAGCACUCUCUCUCCGUAUCCAGCAAAUUGAAACAACACUCAAUAUACUGGAUGCAAAGUUAUCCUCUAUUCCUGGCUUAGAAGAUGUCAAAUUUGAAGUGCCCAGUGCAGAUCUGAAUAGUGUCACAAGUAGUCCCAUGGCACCACCCACUGCAGAUCAACAGGCAGCUGUGUCACCUCAAUCUGGACAGAACAGUAAACAUGAAGAAGCACUACAGAAAACAGAGAUAGUAACAGAAAAUGUGAAAACUGUGGCCAAAGACCCAAGAUAUGCCAGAUAUCUCAAAAUGGUCCAAGUGGGUGUUCCUGUUAUGGCCAUACGAAACAAAAUGAUUUCUGAGGGACUAAAUCCAGAUCUUCUUGAGACUCCAGAUGCCCCUGUACCUGCCUGGGGAGACGAUGGGAAUGCAGAAGACAGUUCUGAUAGUGAAUCUUCCUUUAGUGACUAAAGAGACUGAUUUCAGCCUUUGGAAACCUCCAUUAAGUGCUAAUGUGUUUGGAGCUUUUGCAAAUUUUGUGUGCAUCACAUGGGUGACAUGAUUUAUCUGACAGCUUUUCUUAGCACUGAGAUCUUCUGUGUUCUCUCCUGAGAAGUCUGGGCAGGCAGUGUGUUUGACCUGAACCUUUCCAUCAUGAAAAUGGAUUGCGAUAUCCUUGUGAUGUUUAUCCUUCAUUAUUUCAGAUUCUUUCUGAUUCUUCUAGAGUUACCUUAAAAAACCCUCAAAAAUUCUGCUCCAGGUCUGUAAGACUGCAUUCUGUUCAUUCUUGGUUUGCUGUAUAGGACUUCUAACCUAAGCUGCCUUCUGUCCCACAGCAUUCAGCUAAAGUAACUUAUCAAAAUUUAUUUGUAAACUUAUAAGCUGCUAUAUUUUUCCUUCAAAUAUGCUAUAUUUUUGAAGUGGUGUGACAAGAAUUACACAGAAGCCACCUGUCUUACAGUGUUUGCGUAUCAGUGAUACUCUGUUUUGAAAGAACCUAGGCUACACAUUUAUAAUACCUAUUUUUGAAGUAUAUACUACUGUUUGAUUUCAUGCUAGAGAUUAUAUGAAUCUGUUAAAUAAAUUCCUGUUCUUUAGUGUAAUUAUUUAUCAAAUUCAGGUUACAGUAUUGAAGGAAACUACAGAUACUGCAAGGUGUUUUUCUUAAUGACAGUGAGAAAAGCAGAUGACUGGGACACUGUUAACAGAAUACCAGAUUCUCACUAAUUUUUCACUCUCAAGUGGGUCAGUAAAAACCAUUUAAUGAGAGCUUUUGGUUUGUUGGAAAGGAAUUUUUGCCGUGCAGUUCACGUAACAUAAAAAAUCACCUCCACUUUGGUGCCCUGGCUGAAUUUUCCAGCGAAAUAGUCAAAAUUCAGUUUAUGUAAUGGUUAAAAUACCUUGCUACCUUUUGAGGAUACAUUGGGUAACAAGAUGAAGAUACCAGCUUGGAGCCAGACUGGCCCUGAAGACUUCCUUCUAAAGUAGUUAAUCUGCUGCAUGAGUCAAAAAUGACAUUUCAUUAAAGAAUCUUCUUUAAUAUAAUUUGUUCCACAUUAAAUUCUUCAAAAUCUAUUUGAAUUCCCCAGACUAAUGUGAUUACACCAGAAUAGUGUGGCCAGGCCGCUAGUCAUUUUCUGGUAUUUCACAUUCUUCCUAAGACCAAGAAAAUACUAGAACUGAAUCUGAGUGUGUAAAUUUGGUAGCCUUUAUGACUGAGUCACUAUCUCCUCUCUUAGUUAUUUAUGUCACUUCAAUAGGCUAGCUGAUCUUUUUUUUCCUGUAACUUAAGCUGCCAUCUGAGUCAAGCAGAUGUAUUCAAGCUCUUCAAAACCUGUAAAUCAGAAUAUGACCUGAAUCCCUUGGAGGAAGGUAAAAUAGGCACUAGAAAAUGUCUGGAGGUGGCAUUUCAGUGAUGAGUUAUUAUUGAACAAAACCAAAAAUAUUCAAUAACAAAUAUUUAGCAAAACUUGAGAAAUAUUAACAUAUUAACAAAUAUUUCAGAAGAAAAUGCUAUGAUGUUCUUUCAGAAACAUUAACACUUUUUGAAAUCUAUAUUUGAAAGCUUGUUUAAGCAACCUGUGUAAUAAAAGCGAUGUUUUUUAAACUGA